AUGUCUAAAACACCUUCACUUGAAUAAUUUUUGACCAAUACUAAUUAAGAAAUAGAAAAUAAUUAAAUCUUUCACUAUUUUAUAUCUUCAAACUAAGAGGAUCGUAAAUAAUUUGAUUAAUCGAAAAAUCCAUAAUAAUCGCUUUGUGGAGCACAUGUUUCUCCUCAAUCUCUUUCAUUUUAAUGUUUUGAUUGUGCACCUGAUCCUCAUCAUAUGUAUUGUGGAAACUGUUUUUAGUUGGAAUUACAUUAAAGUAUAAAUUAUAUUUUAAGCAUCAGAUCAUAGAGCAUUUUUUAAGAAAGAAGCAAGUGGAUGUUGUGAUUGUGGAGAUCCUUCUGCAAUUUCUAAUAAAGAUUCAUUUUGUAAAUUACAUAAAGAGUAAUAAAUUGACAUCACAAAUGAAAUCUAGAAAGUAAAACCCAAUAUAAGAGAGGCAAUAUUAAACUUUUUAAAAGAGUCCUUUUAAAUAUAUUUCUAAAAGUGUGAACAAGCAAUGAAUUUAUAAUCCAAGGUACUUAAUCCAUUUUUAAUUUAAUGUUACCAUAUUAGUCAUAUAAUAAAUUAUAUGUAAGUUUAGAAAUAAUUAAAUAAUCACUAAAAUAUCAAAAAUACUUAUUAAGCAAUUUUAGCAGCUAAUCACAUAUAAAAUAUUAUUAUUGAUUUUUUAUAUUGGCUAUGUUAAGAUAGAACAUCUUUGGCUUUAUUAAUAGCAGGUUUUUUAAAAUCUAAUUAUAGAGAUGGAGUAACUUACUUUGAAUAAGUCAUUUAUUAUUAAGAAUUAAAAAAUAUGUUAGAUUUUGAUCAUGACAAUAAAUUUGAGAAAUUGCUUUAUGUUUUGAAUAUAGAUGAGAAAUUUAGAUUGUUUACCUAAGAUAUAUUUUUAACAAGGUAAAAUGAUUUAUGGAAAAUUUAUGAAAUUUAAACAUUUGAUGGAGCUGUAAUUGUAGAAGAAUAUAUUUAAUCAUUUGAAAAUUUCAUUUAAAAUGGGGUAUUUUGUACAAAAGAGAAAAAUUAACUAUAAUUAUUUGAAAAUUAUUUUAAGAAAAUGAAUACUUGUAAAGAAAAAUAUUAAGCCUUUUCAGUUAAAGCUGUUAAUUUUUUUUAAAUGCAUACUUAAUUUGUUUCAGAAGAAUUUUAAGAUAUUUAAUUCACAUCCCCAAAAAUAAAAUAAUUAUUAGAUAUGAAUACAAAAUUAUUAAAUAUAUUAAAUACCUGUUAUUUGGGUAAUAUUGAUAGUUAUUUUUUAAUGCUAGAAUUUUUUUCUCUAAAAUUUUAAUAUAACUACUUUAUCAAGAGUUUUAACAAUACUUUAACUAUGUUAUUUAAAAAUUAUGAAACUUCUGAAUUGUAAAUAGAAGAGAUUGCUUAAUUAAAUCCUAAUUAGUUUUUUUUAACAGCACUUUUUUAGAGUUAUAGUUAAAUAAAAGGGUUUUCAAGAUCAGAUCUUCUUUAUUAGCCACUUAUAUCAGAGACUUAAAUAUAACUUAAUCUUUUAUAUAUUGAAUAAAGACAAGUAUUCAUCAUGAAAUAAUGUUUAACAAAAUACUUAGCAUCCCCUUAAAUUACUACGAUAGCUAAAUAAAAUUUUAUUAAUAUCCUAUUUUAUUGGACUUAUGAGGUUAUAAAAACAAAUAAAAACAAUAAAGAAUAAUAUAAUUAUUUAUCUGCACUCUACCAUAAUAAUUUAAAUUAGAAAAAUAUAGAAAAAGAUCAAAUGAAAAUAAUUCUUCGAUUAAAUUAUUUUAUUUAUAGAAGUGGAUCAUUAAUUGAUAAAUUUUUUAUUAUUCUUUUAACUUAUUUAUUUCAAUAAAAGGGAUUUAAAUCAUCAAGUUAAUUUAAAAUGUUUUUACGAACAAUUUUGAAAUAAAAUGAGUAAGAUUUAUAGUUCAAUUUAUUUAAUAUAUUUGAAAGAUGUGUACAUAAUUUUAUAAGUCUUUUGUAUACACCAUUGAAUGAAAUGGUUUCUAAGAGUUAUUUUGCCAUAGGAAAAGAAUAGCUUGAAUCAUAUGAUAUGGCUUAUAUCAAAUUUUAUUUUAUUCUUUAUAAGAAUGAAGCUUUGGAUUAAAUGAUAACUAUUAUCUAAUCUAGAAAAUACUUUAGUGAUUUCACUUAAAGUUAAUACUUUAUGUAAUAUUGAUUCUCUAUUAUUAGAUAAAUCAUUGCUCGCAUUAUCGGCUGUGAUAAGAGUUUUUCUUGUGUAUGCUAAGCAUUAUACAACUAAAAUAAUCUACCUAAAGACUUAUCUUUUAAUAUAUUUUAAAUCCUUUCAAAUUUAUUUAUACUCAAUCAUUAUUAAGAGUAUUCAGAAAUUAAAUCGACCUUUGAAUAAGCUUCUUUUUCUGUUUCUAAUUUAGAAUUAUAUAUAUUAAAUUUUUGUGAAUUGGAUGUAAAUAUAAAUAAAUUAAAACUGAAGUCUCAUUAAUAGAUUUUAGAAUAUUUUCAAAUAUAAUCAUAAAACUACAUAGAUUCUACUAGUAAUCAUACUUAUUUUAAUCCCUUAUUAUUUUUAAAUGAUUAAUCAAUUGCUUCAUAAAUUGGAGAGCAUUUAAGUACAUUGAAAAAACAAGAUUAUUUUAUUAAAUUUGGAAAUUUCAUUGAAUAGCUUUAAGAAUUUGAUUAAUUAAAAGGAAUAAAUUUAGAAUUUAUGGAAUUUUUUGCAUAAGAUUCGAAUGUCAAUCUAAUAAUUUCAGAAAUUAAUCCAUCUUAUAAUUCAUCAACUGAAAUCAAAUUAAUUGAAAGAUUAGCAAGCAUUAGAGCAUAUUUAAAAAUUGACAAUUAAUAAAUUUGUGAAUCUUUAAGUAAAUUAUAAAUGAGCAAAUUAUAAGAUUAAUAAAAUAUAUAAUUGAUUGUAAAUAAAUUUGCAAAUUCUAAAAAUAUUAUAGAAGUAGAAUCAGAAAUACUAUAAAUUAAAUCUUUAUAAAAUGUUAAAAUGAAUAAGAUAAAAGCUAAAUUUAAAUAAAAAAUUGAGUCAUUUUAAUAAAAUGAUAUUGUUUUGAUUGAUGAUUAAAAAAAUUAAGAUCAAUAAUGUGAUACUUGUGCAUUAUGUAGAUUAGAUUUGGAUGAAAGUUAAAAUUGUUGUAUCCCUAUUUUGAUUUAGGCAAACCCUUAUUUAAAACAUUUUCAAAUUUAUCCACCUGAUUUAAGAAAUUAAAUAAUGAAAGAUUAAUUAAAUUUAUUGAAAGUUUCAAUAAUUAGUUGUAAACAUAAAUUUCAUGAUAAAUGUUUAAUUGCUUCUUAUUCAUAUUCAUAAAAAUAGAAAGUCUUACCUUUAUGGUUUUAAUUAUAAUGUCCAGUUUGUAAAUCAACUAGUGAGAAUAAAUUACCAAUAAAUAAAAAUAAAAGCAAUGAAUAAUUUGAUGAAUUAAAUAAUUGGUUAUUAUUAUAAUGUUAAAAUUUGGGAAUAAAGAACUAUCUUAAUGAAAAAUAUGGAGAAUCUAUUGAACAUAAAUUAAAAGAAAUUUAUCUCUCUUUAUUAGUUGAUUUACUAAUAUAAUUAUUUAUGGAUCCUUUAGAAUUCAUAAGACAAGAUAAAAAUUUUGUAUUUUUAAAUAUAUUAGAUUGUUUAUUCUAAAUAUGCAAAAAGAUUACAAUUAAUCUUUUUGAUUUUCAGAAUGAAUAGACCAUACUCUUAGUUAUAAUUAACUUAAUAUUAGAACUAUUAAUAUUGAAUAAUCACUAAUAAAAAUCUCUAAAUGAUUUUCUUUUGGAUAAUUAGGAUUAAAUAAAAUUAAAAAUUUUAUAAUUUGAUUUAACAUUGUAAAUUAAAAAUCAAUUAAUGAAAUGUUUUGCAUUAAAUAUCUAAUAAGAAUAAAGUUUAAUCAUAUAAUUUAAUUAAUAUAUAGAUUAAUUUAAUAAGAAUAAUUUGAUAAAUAUUGUGAAAUAAUAAAUUACUGAAAAUUUAAGAUUUAAGUUUAAAUCAUUUUAUGAUCAUUAUUUUAAUUAACCUUGUUAAUUUUGCAAAGGUUUUUCAAAUGCACCAAAAAGUUCUGAUCAAUUUAUAUGUUUACUAUGUUGUUAAAAAGUAUGUGAUGUAGAAUGCAAAGUAAUAAUUUAUACUAAUUUAAGAAAUUAUUUUCAAAGUCUGGAAAUAUGAAUGUUCAUGCAUAGCUUAACCAUUAAGGAAAUACUAUUUUUAUAAGUCUUAAAACAGGCUAACUAGCAUUGUUAUCUUCACCAUUAACUUGUUUUGGAUACAAAAAUUUAUAUCAAAAUAAAUUUGGAUAAUUAAUAAAAAUCACAAAUAUUGAAACUUAAUGGGAAGAAUAUUAUAUAAAUAAUAAAGUUUUAACUGACAUAGCUGAAAUCAUUAUUUCAAAUUCACUAAAGCAAGUAAUAAAAAAUUAAGAGUUAAAUUAUAAUCAAUUAGAUUUAAGAGGAUUCUAUUGA